GGUGUUUUUUUUGAAUUAUCGGUGCACGUGCUUUAAUUUCGUGUGUGAUCCGGCCUUUGCUGUGUGCCCGAUGUGCUAGUGAAUGAUUUUUUUAUCACUGCGACCGGAUUACGCUGGGGAUUUACCGCUGGUUUUAGUUCCAAAACGCCAACCCGCCGUCACGACAUGGCUUUACGACAACUAUUGUUCCUCGUCUGUCUAUUCGGCCCUUUGUACGCCAUGUGCCCCUCGCAAUGCACUUGUUACCUCGACGACAAGGGCCGCAACGCCGUCUCCUGCAUAGACGGCGGCAUCGUCGGCCCCCUCGACCUUUUUAACAUGAGCCUUGACACGGAAGUGCUCAAAAUCACGGCUCCGGAAGACGACAUGAACCAGCUCACCAUGAGUCCGGUUUUCCACAAGUACAAGAAGCUGGAGGAGAUCCGGAUCACCCGCUCCAACAUCCCCCAGCUCGGGAAGCACUUCUUCUGGGGAUUAAACAAGCUGGACGUGCUGGACCUCUCCCAGAACAACAUCACGCAGCCCCUGGACCACAACUUCGUGGGGUUGUUUAAGCUGAAAGACCUGUAUCUGGACGACAACAGGAUCUAUUCCCUGCCGAGCGGCACGUUCAGGUACCUGCAGGAGCUCAAGCUGCUUUCGAUUCAGAGGAACAGGAUUAGCGAGCUCAUGCCGAGAAUUUUCCUGGAGAUUGGCAAGCUGAAGGUGUUGAAAUUGAGCGGAAACAACUUGAAGGAGCUGAAUCCGGUCGUAUUCGAAGACGUGAAGGAGCUGAAAACUCUGGAAUGCCGUUCCUGCGGGCUAACCCGCAUCGACAAGCACAUGUACGAGCUGCUCUCCCACCUGACCUCCCUGGACCUAGGGGACAACUUCCUCACCGCCAUCAGCUCCGACGAGUUCUCCCCCCUGCUCAACCUGCGCCAGCUCAAGCUCGACGGCAACGCCGUCUCCGCCAUCAAAAGCUCAACAUUUUCCAAUCAACAGGAACUGAAAAGACUGAACCUCGCACGCAACCGCAUCACGAAGAUCUCGCGGCACGCGUUCGCCAAUUUACAUAAUCUCACCGAAUUGGACUUGAGUCACAAUAAGUUCGAAGAUCCCGAAAACGGGCUGCUGGAACCUGUUGCUGGCACUUUGGAGGUCUUGUUUCUGAAUGGGAAUCACUUGAGCGUUCGCACCUUGAAAAGAUUGCUAAAUAACGUGGAGAUAAGGGAGCUGCGGCUGGCGGAGUGCGGGCUGGUGGAGGUGGGGGAGGCGGUUUUUCCCGGCACGCUCGAAGUGCUGGAUCUGGCCAACAAUUACAUUUCCGAGAUGACGAGCGAAGUUCUGCCGGAAAGCUUGAAGGAACUGGAUAUAAGCGGAAACAGAUUUCUGGGGCUGGGGAACGACGUGAUGGCGAAGCUGGAUUCGGUCAGGGGGCUGCGGAUGGAGAGGAACCCGUGGGCCUGCGAUCUGUGCCACAUCGUGCCGCUGCUGGAGAGGGCCAACAGGAGCGCCGGGAUCAGGGGGCUGCAGUGCGCCCAGCCGUAUUCGCUUAAAGGCAAAAAACUCGGCGUCCUCCGCCUCAGCGAGCUCACCUGGUGCACCGUCCCCAGCACGACCUCCGGCGACGCCAACUUCUUCCUCCUCGGCGACGACGGGCGCAUCGGCCUCAUCGCCGCCGCCACCUCCGUCUCGCUGCUCUUCUGCACCGUGGUGGGCGUGCUCGGCGUGCUGCUCUACUCCCGCCGCCACGCCGCCAAGUACUACACCCACGAGGACAAGCUGGCCAUGGACGGCGACUCCAUCUUCGAGAACCACAGCCCGCUCUUCUGCGACGACCGCGAGCUCAGCUUCAAGUUCGCCCUCGACGGCGACCGGAAGCUGUCAGUGUCGACCAUCGACGAGAUAAAAAAGGAGCACGCAAUCACCAACGGGACCUGAGAGCGGUAAAAAAGGACCCUAACGACGCCCGAACGUGAUUUCAAUCAGUUGUUCUUAAAAGACUGACUGUUUCGCUUCUUGUGAAAAACGACAAAAGGUCCGGGAAAUUAUUUCGUUUGUAGUGUUUGUGUCGCGUAAUUCUCUGAAGGAGCGUUCGAAACUCAAUUUGCCGGUUUGUAAAUAUUAUUUUUGACUCGACGGGACCUGCGAAAUGGGGGCAUGAUGGGGGCGGAGGGACGGACGGCGGGGCUGGAGUUCUAUUCUUAUAUGGUGUUUUUGUGGGUGUUUUUCUGGGUGGAGUUGGAUCAUGGCUUUGUUGUAAAGGCACUUGGAUAUUGGCGAUACAAAACACUAGGUCUGAGUUGCUACUUGACUUAUAUCUAUUUUUCUAAAUCAUGAACUAAAUCUUCGAAAAAGUCACAACCUCGAUUCAGUAGAGUGUAAUUGAAAUACAAACUCGCCUAAAAUAUCUCAAAACUUCAAAAAUCUCGGUAUUCCAACAUCUCUGUUUUACAUAACUGAAAAAGUUCCUAUUAAAAAAAAAGAAAAAUAUCAAAAUAUUAACAGCAAAAACUUGCACCAAUUCAACAAAGCGCGAAAAGUAAUAUGAGAUUUGUUUGUGACGUCACAGCAAGAUGCUACCGAUUCGGGAUAGAAACGUAGAAUUCGAUUAAAAGGCGCCCCUUUGGACACCACUUGUACUUUACCCAAUAUGUAGCAUUAAAUGCAGUUUAAAGUUGCAGUUUUACGGUACCAAAAAUGUUUAUUUAGAGCUUGUUCAUGUACAAUAGCUUCUACAAAAACAUAUCACAAAUGGCAAUCACAGAAUCUUUUUGAAGUAAUUUUCGCAUCUCCCAUCCCGAAUCGGUCGGAAGUGGUUAUGACGUCACCCCUAGAUUUAUCUUCAGUUAAACUCUGUAAUUCGAAAACUACGCCAGCUGUUUUUUAGUCAUUUUUCCUUAAAAAAAUUGUUACGCAUUCUGUUUUUAUGUGACACCAUUCAAAAGGAUUUUUGUCAAAUAUACAGGGUGAUUUAGAGAUUAUUAUUGUCGAUUUUUCAGAAACUAAAGUGUUUUAAGGAAUAUCUCUCUGUCACAUAUUUUUUGCGACGCCUCUAUUAUAGCAUUUAUAGGCAUUUUUAAGUUUGUGGCAGCCUAAAAUACAACACUUUAACAAAGAGUAGGAAAUCGCAAAAAUUUUAAACACUUUAAAGUUUUUACAGACUUCUCAAGGAACCAUUCAACCACACUUAAAAAUAGCUCCUUUCUAGUAGCAUUUAAUUCAAUUGUCGGACAUGACGUCAUGACGACAUUUUCCGAUUCAGGAUGUGGGAUGCAUAACUCAGUAAAAAAUCGUUGUGCUUAAGCAUCAGAUUCGCUCGAACGAAACAUAUCCAAUACAGUACAAAAAGAAUUAUUUUAUAAAUAUUUUUUCGCAAAAUAGAAAAUAUCUAAACCAUACUUAUACCGCAAUAUAUAACUUUUAGUUUAAAAGGCUUCGUUUUGAAGCGUGAAUGAAGCUACUAAUGAAAAUCUGUGCCUUUGUUCUUAUUUGUUUGAGAACGACGAAUUUUUCUUUUUUGAGUUGUGGGUCUCACAUCCGGGAUCGGUUCGAUGUUAUUAUGACGUCACACACAUUUGUUAGUUCACUUUAAGUAUUCUGAUUUUUUUUUUUUUAAUAUCAAUAAUUUAAUAAAUAGGCAUCGGAUUUUGAGUUACGUAUUUUGAAAAUAUAUUAAAUAAUGUUAAUUUUGUGGGAGUCUUUAAUUUACUUCUUGUGUAUAAAACAUACAGGGUGAUGAAAAAAUGACGUAUUUGCUUGAUGAUACUUUAUUAAGAAGGUUCUGAAAUUUUUAUUAAACUUCAAAAUUUAAAAAUCAACUUCCUAAUUCUGAUGUGUUUUAAUGGGAAUUUAAUUGAAAAUCUAAAAUUUCGAUAAAAAUUGGCGAAAAUUCCAGCAAAUUAUUAUUAAAUUAUUAAUAAGUAAUUGUUCACUUGUCUAUUAGACAAUACAGACUUAAAACAAAUCAGAAUUAUGAAGUUAAUUCUUCAAAUUUGACCUUCGAUAUUUUCAAAAAAUUGAUGCACUAAUUUUUUAACCAUUUUUCGAGUUUUUGAAAGCCUCUUUAACAACGCACCAUCGCGCACAUACCACAUUUUUUCAUCACCCUGUAUAAUGAUUCCAAGACUGUAAGAUUUUCAGAGAUUUAGACUUUUUGAGAGUACAACCAAAAUGAAAAAAAUACAGAGUGAUAAAAAAUUACACUGAAUUAAAAAACCUUGAACCUCUGGAACCAAAAUUUUGAAAAUAUUAAACUUCAAAAUUUGUCGUGAGUCUUUAAUUUAGUUCUUAUGUUUUAGACAUAAGUACAGGGUGAUGAGAAAAUUACGCAUUUGCUUGAUGGUAUUUUAUUAAGAAAGUUUUGAAAUUUUUAUAGACUUCAAAAUUGAAAAAAAUUUUAAUGG